AUGCACGUGAGGAGCUGUGAGGAAAUGAUGGUAAAAAGCGCUCUCCAAGCGUCCCGUUUGUGCAGAGGAAUACCGAGCAAUAACGCAUUCUGUCACAUUGAUGAAGAAGAAAAGAAAAAACCCAACACACACGUUUAGCUGAUUAUACGUCUUGAUUUAAGAGGAAAAACUAUUCCAUUCACAAGCAAUUGGAUGAGAGUCGUAUUUGCCCUUGGCAACUGAAGAUGACGUUACUAUGGAAAUGGCUAGUGCUGCUAUCAAUCACUGGCUGCCUUGCAGCUUAUGCAGAAGAUGCGUUGUUUCAUGGUCCGAGGUGGAGAACAGAGCCCAGUGACCUGAUUCUCCCGAUCCACUCCCCAAAGCAGGAGGCUGUGCUAACAUGCGAGGCUUCGGGCAUCCCUCUUCCACAGUACAGAUGGUCUCUGAAUGGGACGCUCAUUGAUCUCGAUGGUGAUGAGAGGCGUCAUGUGUCUGGAGGGAACCUGAUUAUCAACACACUGGACCGAGACCAAGACGCAGGCGUGUACCAGUGCUCUGCCUCCAACGCCCGAGGAAUCAUCCUGAGUCACAGAGCCACCGUGCAGUUUGCUUAUCUAGAGAACUUCAAAACGCAGCAAAGAAGUGCUGUAAAUGUGAGAGAAGGCCAAGGUGUCGUUCUGUUAUGUGGAACCCCGAUGCAUUCUGGAGAACUUACAUUCGCUUGGGUCUUCAAUGAGUACCCAAACUUUGUCCAACAAGAUGGUCGGCUCUUCGUGUCGCAGGAGACUGGAAACCUGUAUAUCGCAAAGGUGGAACCGUCUGACGUGGGCAACUACACAUGCGUCGUCAACAACAGCAUCACCAAGGAUAAAGUGCUGAGUUCACCCACUCCUCUGGUGCUGAGAAACGACGGUGCAAUGGGAGAAUACGAGCCCAAAAUAGAAGUUCAUUUCCCAGACACUGUGCCUGCUGCGAAAGGAUCGUCUGUGAGACUCGAGUGCUUCGCCCUGGGGAACCCGGUUCCUAAAAUCAGCUGGAGACGAACCAAUGAUGUGCCAUUCCAGAGUAAAGUCAAACUGAGUAACUCCAAUGCCGUGCUGGAGAUUCCCCGAUUCCAGCAGGAGGACACGGGAACAUACGAGUGUGUGGCAGAGAACAGUCGAGGAAAGAACGCUGUAAAAGGACGCCUCUCUUUUCACGCCAAACCCCACUGGCUGCAGACCAUGACGGCCACAGCUUUGUCCAUCGAGGAGAAUUUAUUUUGGGAGUGCAAAGCCAAUGGGAAGCCCAAACCUUCAUACAGCUGGCUGAAGAAUGGAGAAAUGCUUAUGUCUGAGGGCCGGGUGCUGAUAGAGAACGGUGCGCUCAGCAUCUCCUCUCUGACCCUGUCUGAUGGAGGGAUGUAUCAGUGUGUGGCGGAAAACAAACACGGCAUCAUUUAUGCCAGUGCUGAACUGGUGGUGCUAGCAUCACCACCCAGCUUUUCCGAGAAUCCCCUGAGGAGCAUGUUGAAGGUCCGUGCUGGCAGCGAGGUGACUUUGGACUGUAGACCACAAGCUUCACCCAAAGCUGUCAGCCUGUGGAAGAGAGGAAAUGAGCUGAUCCAGAAAAAUGAAAGAUUUUCUGUCUUCCCCAACGGAACACUAAAGAUUGCCAAUGUGACUAAGCAGGACGGAGGCAUUUACACAUGCAUUGCCAGAAACCAGUUUGGCAGUUCAAGUACAGCAGGCCGCCUGCUGAUCACGGAGCCGAGCAGGAUUACACAAGGACCCAGCAGCAUGGAGAUUAUGGUGGGUGAGAGUAUCGUACUGCCCUGCCAGGUAUCUGUGGAUCCGGCGCUGGACGUGAGCUUCUCCUGGGCCUUUAACGGCCAGCUUAUUGACUUUGAGCACGACUCAGAGCACUUCGAGAGAGUCGGCGGAAAGUUUGCCGGGGACCUCAUGAUUCGUAAUAUUCAGCUUAACCAUGCCGGGAAGUAUGUCUGCAUUGUUGAUACAGAUGUCGAGAGCUUGUCUGCGGAUGCAGUCCUGAUUGUGGAAGGUCCACCCGGUCCCCCAGACAGAGUGAUGGUGGAGGAGAUUACAGAUUGCACAGCACAGCUCUCCUGGAGCCCUGGAAGAGACAAUGGCAGCCCCAUCACUGGUUAUGUCAUCCAGGGCAGAACACCUUUCACCGUAGGCUGGCAGGCUGUGGACACAGUUCCGGAGGUCAUCAACGGCAACACGCUGACUGCUACGGUGGUGGAUCUGAAUGCCUGGGUAGAGUAUGAGUUCAGGGUGCUGGCCAGCAACAGUGUAGGAAUGGGAGAACCAAGCCCUCCCUCUGCUAAAACCAGAACUGAAGAUGCUAUUCCUGAUACAGCUCCCACUGAUGUAGGAGGAGGGGGAGGAACCAAGUCAGAAUUAGUGAUAACAUGGGAGCCAGUCCCAGAGGAGCUACAAAAUGGAGAAGGCUUUGGUUACAUCAUUGCCUUCCGACCCAUGGGCAUGGUAACCUGGACCAGGGCAGUGAUAUCUUCACCUAUCGUGUCGCGCUAUGUUUUCCACAAUGACACCAUACCACCUUUCUCACCCUUUGCCGUCAAAGUUGGCGCGUUUAAUAACCGUGGGGAAGGACCCUUCAGCUCCAUCGUCACAGUGUUCUCAGCAGAGGAAGUGCCGAGCAUAGCACCUGAGAGAGUUGUGGCUAGAAGCCUCUCCGCCUCCGACAUCGAAGUCAGCUGGGAAGCGGUACGGUCGAGUCCUGAGAGAGUGCUCGGCUAUGAGGUGGUGUACUGGGAAGAUGACACCAAACCAGAAACUGUAGGUAAAGUGAGACUCAUCAACAACUCCACUGCGGUCAAUGUUAGCGGUCUUCAGGGCAACACGCUGUACUAUUUAGCUGUGUGCGCCUUCAAUACUGCGGGAAGCGGCCCUCAGUCUCUGCCUGUUAAUGCUACCACUAAGAAACCACCUCCAGGGCAGCCACCGCAAAACGUGGAGUGGACUCUGAUAGGCUCACAGCUCACCCUGCAGUGGGACCCAGUCAUAGCUCUGGAUACCGAGGCUGAGGUCACUGGAUAUGUGAUAAUGUACAGGCGUCACCGCAAUAACGACAUGUACACAAUCACCACCAACAAAACUACAGUGGAGCUGACACUCUCCCCCAAUGAUAACUAUGUGGUUCAGAUCAAGAGCUUGAGCGAGGGGGGGCUCGGAGAAGGAAGUGAGCCCAUUCAUAUUCACCAACUUAGUAUGGGAGCUCAAGGCUCUGGAACAGGAAGACUAGACAGCCUCAUGCUUUCUCGUCUCCUCAUAACUACACUAGUGGCCCUUAACGCCUCCUGAAGGUUUUUCUCUUUUGAGCAGGAUAUCCACCUGACACCAAUCUCUUUCACUCUCUCUUUCUCUCACACACACACACACACACACACACACACACACACACACACACACACACUUCAUGCUCUUAACCCGUCCCUUGUUAUUGCCACCCAUCUCUGUCUGGCUUAAUAGGAUUGGCCUAUAUAUGUGUGUCACUGACACUGCAGGAUAUUGGAAUGUCAAACAAAUAAUGAAAGGAUUUGUCAAGAUGGAAACAUGUCAGAAUAACACAGAAAAGUGAUCACCACUGCUGGAAAAACGACAUAAUUGUUAUGCAUGAUCAAACUGGAGCUGACUGAUUUGAGUUAGAUGGCACAAAAAUACUUUCUAUUUUCUCACUCUCUUUGUCUUUCUCUCUCUUUUUAUGUUGACCUGCCACAUUUGGAUUCUUGAAAGCAAUCAAUGCCUUAAGGCUAUUUACUUACUAAAAUGAACAACAAAACAGAUCAGAGAGUGUGGUUCAGCCUCAUAUUGUUUCAGACAUAUAGUUUUCAGGCAUUUAGGGUCAUAUGUGAUUAGAUUCUGCUAUGUCUAAUUUGAUUGUUCUCUCUUUAAUACAAAUGUAGUCUCAGUCUUUGUGUAAAACCUUUCAGCAGGCAGUCCUGAGUUCAUCUGUAGCCAGAACUUGAGCUUGAGUAACGCUAUCAAAUGAGAAAACACAAAUGACAGAAGUCACCUUAAACAUAAGAUGUGUUUUGAGUUCUCUUUCUACUUCUCUUACUGCUUGUAUGAAGGAACCACGGUUCUUUGGAAAAAGCAACCGAGGUUAGAAAGCAGUCCUAUUAUCUUUUAAAGAUCCUUCUUUUUUAGCCAACAUCCUCCACAUUCCCAUUACUCCAUUGUGGAAUGUUAUUAGCUCUCUAAGAGAUCUGUCAGUUCCAGAGCAAGAGAAACUGCUCCUCUGGCCCUUUGAUGGGAUAUAGCAUUUUGUUCUUUUCCUCAUGCUUGAUAAAUAAUGGAUGGCUCAUGCAUUAGGCAUUCUGCAGAGUUAAGGCCAGAAUAUUCGUAUACUCGUUAAGUGGCAAUGCAGGCUUCACAAGCAAUUUCCUCUUCAGCUUUCUAUGUGCUACCAGUCCCGCUAUAUCCACUAUCAUCCAACCUGGGAUUCAAAAAGUGGGUUAAUGAAAUUGGCAACCUAUUGUUUCAGUUCUGUAGGAGAGCAUCGGAUAAACCCAGUGCCUUGAUGAAUGGCAACCUAUUAAAAUUCCUGCAAGAAGCGACGGGUUUUUGUUACUUGGUAUAUUUGGUAAAUAAGCUUGCAGCAAAUAUGGGGCUUGGUGGGAAUUGGAUUUGAUGUUAAACAUUUUAUAGCUCUGGAGGCAUGCGAAGGAUGUCACCGAGAUAAAAGCCAUACAAAGGUAGAGACGGAGCAGAUUUGCCACAUAUUUUGAAGUCAUCUGAGGGUGAAAAUACAUGUCCAAGCCCAAAGGAUUAUUCCAGUUCCAUAAUUAUGGUACCUUGUGGGUAAUGUGGUCAUAUAGAGAUGAAUGCUGUGCCAUGAUUGGAAAUGAUUAGUACAGAAACGUAUGUGUAUACUGUUGAGCCUUUUCCUUGGGUUUCUGUUACUAAAACAGUAUUUCUGAAUAUUGAGUUGUUCAUCAAUAAAAGAAAAAAAAAAUUCUUAGCAAGUGCAAAUAUAUUGAAUAUGUCCAAAUUUAUUAAAUAGUUCUUAUUAUGAGAUUUAUAUAAAUCAAAUUAUAGAUUGAUUAGCAUGUUUACCAUGCUGUUUUAAUUUCAAGCAUUACAUUUAACUUAUUCUAUUAGCAGAUCUUUUUUUUUUUUUCUUUUUUAGGAAAAAAUAUGUAUCUGCCAAUAGAACAAGAUCAUGUCAAGCUUUAGUAAAAUGAGACCAAAAAUAUUUUAGGCACAUUUGACUACAUGCAAGAUAUUUUCACUUGUUAAGAUUUCAGUCCCAGUCCAGGGUGUAUUCCAGUCUCACACCUAGUGUUCCUGGGAUAGACCAGGAUAAAGGAGUUCCUGUAAACAAACAAACAAAUGAGCUAGCAACAAAGAAAACAAACAGAUAGGUUCAUGUCAUGAGCCAAGUUAGUAAGUGGGAGGAAUUUGUGGGGGAUCCUGUGUGUUUAUCCCUUUUAAACUCAAAGUUAUUUCUGAAUAAAACACAGUAUUAUUAUAUAUAGUGUUACAAGUAACUGAAUAAAAGUGAAUAAUAUCCUGGGUAUCCAUAGUCCCAUAGCCAAUAUUAAAUUUACUUUAUUUCUAUCUAUCUGUUCCUAUUCUGAUAAGAGAAUUUCAUCAUGGCCAUCAUCAUAUUCAGGACAAGCUUCAGCUUUAUCAUACAUCCUAACUUUAUUAUAUCAUAGCUCACUAUCUGUGUAACAUUUGGUCUUUAAAAUAUCUCACUAGUUUCUCCGUUUAGAGAAAUAGAGUGAAGAGGUAGUGACAAUCACUGAUGUCCAUGAUAAAAAUAGACCAUCAUGCUGAAUAAUCAGUAAGUGUCUAGACGGCAGCUGAUGAGCUGGAAAACGCUCCCAUCAGUCGUAUUCAUUUGGUUUGAGAGGCAUAUCAUGUCGGCUCUUUAUCUAGUGACCUUUUGAUUAGAAAGGUGUGGGAUCAGCUGACCAGCUGUAAGAACUGUGCCUUGGCCAGACGGUUUUGUGCCUGCUUCAUCACACUCGCAUAUGCUCUUUCUUAAAGUCCUGAGUAAGCACAACCAAGUGAACCAAGGUGACAAGGAACCUAGUCUCUACUCAGCAAGAGCAGGCGUGGCACGUGGCCGUAGUGGUCCAUUCGAAAAACAAAUCUAAUCUGGAGGGCCUAUCUGCUCUCUUUCAUGAAGGUCCAGGCCUCUGUGAUUAGGCUACACAAGGCCACUCAAUGAGAUAUUGAUUUUUCUGCUUUGCUACUGAGGCUGUCACAAUGCAGACUAUUUGAUUGACUGAUGCCAGCUUUCCUCCCUCCUCACUCACACUGAGGUUUUGCAGUGUCCUUGCAUAUCCUCCUGCUAUACUGAGGCUUAGAUAGCGUAACCUGGAAACUAAUACAAAAGGAGGCACUUGAAACUAGUUUUGUUUCUUGAUUUCAUUUCAAAUUUUAUUUAUUUAUUUAUUUAUUUAUUUAUUUAUUUAUUUAUUUAUUUAUCUUUCAUAUCUUUAUUUCUAAUAGGAUAUCAUUUUAAUAUAAUUUUAUGAAUUAUACACUUGUAUCCUUGGUUUUAACUAAUAUGUGCUGAUGAACUGAAGACAUUUUCUUUUUUUCUUGGUGUAUUUACUAUCUAGAAUUUUGUGUAAAUUAACAUACUUUUAAUACUGUAUCUGCGUCUAGACAUAUCAAUUCACAAAGAAUCGUUGCUGUGAUUUUAUUUAUUUUUUUUUAGACUCAUUUUAGGAUUGUGCAGUCUGUUUAUAAAAUAGUGUACAUUUAUAUGGAAUAAUUUUAUGGCCCUGAGUAAAUCUAUAAAUUUGUCAGUUCUAUUUAAAAAGUAGAAACUUUUUUUCAGUAUCAGUAUUCUUUAAACCAUUACUUCAGUAAUUUAUGAAUAAUCUUGACCAGUAUAAUUUUUCUCCACACAAUGUAAAUAGUAACAGUAUAUUUUUAAAUUUGGUCAGUAAAGAUAAUCUAGUAAUGAUUUUUUUUUUUUUUUUUUUUUUUUUUUUUUAUACAAUGUUUGGCCAUGAAUUUAAUACUGAUGUAUUGAUUCAUAAUCUCCGUGA